AUGCCACCACCAUUAAAAAGAUCUGGAUUGCAGAACGAAGUCGUCAAUUUCUAUAGGCAAUGCUUUAGAGCGGCAAGAGAGAAGCCUGUGGAAACAAGGCCCAGAUUUUAUGCAUUCAUUCGAAAAGAGUUCAAGGAACACAACAUUCGAAAAUCAGACUUUGCAACAAUUGAAUACAUGCUUAGAAAAGGAAGAAAGCAAUUUGAGACGUACACUCAAAAAGGUGUAAAAGAUAUCCAUGUUUAG